AUGGCAGUGACAAGAAAACCAAGCAUCGGUCGACAAAAAAUCGAAAUCAAAAGAAUUGAGAAAGAAGAUGCAAGACAAGUUACUUUCUCUAAACGUAGAGGAGGUGUUUUUAAGAAGGCUCAUGAACUUUCUACCCUUUGUGGUGCUGAGAUUGCUAUCAUCGUAUUUUCACCCGCUGGAAAACCUUUUUCUUUCACUCAUCCUCAAAAUAUUAUCGACCGCUACCUCUAUGGAAAUUCUCAUCAGGCAGAUAACAUGUCUCCAACUCCACUUGUCACGGCUCAUCGUGAAGCCAAAAUUCGUGAACUCAACAGAGAGUAUACUGGAGCACUUAACAGUGCUGCUAUUGACGACCUCAAAAUUAAGGUUGAUGAUCGAGCAGAUGAAUUGUUGCUCACUUCAUAUUUACCAGGGAAAAAUCCUGGAAUGAGUAGUAGUGGUACAUCUCAUAGUGAAAAUAGUUCUACUAUCACCUUUGAAACAAAACCAACUAUCAUUCCAGACCAUCACCAGAUCCACACUUCUUCCCUCCCUCAUCAUGGAUAUGGUGCUGACUUUGGUUUGUAUGGACGCAACGGGCUUUACUAA